AGCCUAUAUAUUUCACACCACAAAAUAAGAAACACCAACCAAAACACACACACAACACAACACAACACAACACAACACACGUAACAAUUAAUUUUCCUUUUCUUCCAUGCCCCUCUCUCCUUCUUCCAUGGCUUCAAUCCCUCAGUUCUAUCCAAACUACACGUUCACCACUCAUGAUCUUCAGGAGUUUCCCACACCACUCAAUGGCAACGCCUCAGUGAUGGACAACGCCAUGUGGGGUGCUCAAGAUAGCUUGAUUCCUGUGCUUGACAUGAACAAUGGUGCACUUGAUCAUAUUGUGUCACUUGAUUGUGAUGCCAUGGCUUGUGCUAAUUGGAUGCCUUCGUUCUCUGAGCAACUUGGGGGGCUCUCUGACUUGGCCAUUUCGGACUGCAAAAUGGGCUUCUAUGGAGGGUUUCAGAAUUUCAACUCCAGAUACCAACCACAUGUUGGGGAGUUUGGAGAAGAAUGUUGUGGGUUUGUGGAGGAUAUUAAGCCACCUGCUUAUCCUAAUACUGCCAGAGAAAAUUGGGGAAUUCAGGGUAAUCAAAUGGCAGCAGUUGAGGAGCCUAACAUAAAGGUAGGAAGGUACUCAGAAGAAGAAAGGAAAGAGAGAAUUCUCCGAUAUUUGAAGAAAAGAAAUCAAAGAAACUUUAACAAAACCAUCAAGUACGCAUGUCGGAAAACCUUAGCUGAUAGGCGAGUGAGGGUUAGGGGAAGGUUUGCAAGAAACAAUGAGCUAUGUGAAGAAGACAUGGCAACAAAAAAGCAUGAGAAUGAUCAUCAUCACAAAGAAGACUUCUACGGUGGUGAUUCAAUCCAGUUCCAGUUAAAGAAUGACGAGGAGGAUUGGCUUCAAGAGGCUAUGGCAAGUCUAGUUUAUUUAUCUCAUUCUUCACCGGAAGACAUGUAACUAAAUUAAUUAGCAUCAUUGAUUCCACAUGAUCGAGAAGCUCUAGUUCAAGAAGAUGUGGGUUUGAAACUAGUAGUGCAAGGUGAAUAGGAGGAGAGAGAGUUUACCAUAGUUAAUAUUUUGCGAUUGUAUGCUAAUUUGUUCUCUUUGAAAAUUAAGCACGUAGAUAUAUGUAAACUCUAAUUGCAUGGCGGUGUAACCAGCGGAUGUAGAUUGUUUGAUGUUAAUUUUAGAGGCAUCGUCUUUGUUAAGGAAUUCGAUGGGCCUAGUUUGACUGGAUACUUGGGUUGAUUGAAAGAUAUAAAAAUAUUCCAUGGAAGAAGGGACUUUAUGUUUGAGUAGACAGAAAUAUUCCGAUAAACUAGCUCAUAGGUCACUAUCUCUCAAACUGUUUGGAGUCAAUUCUCUCUAUAUUGAUGUAAUUGUCGUAGUGAUCAUUACUGAAAGCCACUAAUCGGAAAUUCGAUCUAGUUCUCAUAUUGGGAUGAUGGAUAUAUAUUGGGGUCUCUACAGGGACGUUUUAUAUUUACAUUGAAUGAACUUUU